AUGACCAGCCGGAGCUUCCCGAGCUGGGCUUUGAUGCUACUUCUUUCCAGUACUGCCUGCUCUCUGGACUGUCACUUUCAACGGAGGGGCAUCUGGGAGAUUGUACAACAUUUAGAGAACCUUGGAGGAAAAUUUCCCCUGAGAUGUCUGAAGGACAGAAGCAACUUCAGAUUCCUCCAGGUUGCAAAAAUCGACCAGCUUCUGGAGGAAACUGCUUUCCCGGCCAUUGGAGAAAUGCUGCGACAGGUCUUCAACACUUUCAGCCUGAAUGUCUCCCAAUCAUUGUGGAAUGAAAGCCGUUUAGAGAGACUCCUAAGUGGACUGUAUCAGCAAACGGAGAAGACAGGGGUAUGCCUGGAGCAGGACUCUGGGCAGGAGGAUCAUUCAUCCUCGCAAAGGGAGGGUACCAGACUUGCAAUAAAGAAUUAUUUCCAAGGCAUCCGUGACUAUUUGCAAGGCCCAAAGUAUAGCCACUGUGCCUGGGAGGUCAUCCGUGUGGAAAUCCGAAGGUGUUUUCUCUUCAUUGAACAGCUGACAAGAAGACAUCGGGACCAAGAAAUAGGUCACUUACAUAACUAA